AUGAAAUACUGCGUAGCCGCCUUCCUGAUCGUCAGCUGUUCCCUGGCCAGCCAAGCCCUCCCGGCCUACGACCAAGGCCAUGGCGGACACGCCGCUGCCGGAGGAUACGGUGGACACCAGGCCGCUGGAGGAUACGGAGGUCAUCAAGCCGCUGCCGGACAUGGAGGUCAUGGAGCCGGAUACGGUGGAGCUAGCCACGGAGCCAGCCACGGAGGAAGCUACGGAGGUCACCACGGAGGUUCGGUCCAUGCUGGCCCAGCUGUUGUCCACACUUACUCCGCCAAGGCCCCAGCUGUCAAGUGCGGUGCCAACCUGUUGGUCGGAUGUGCCCCUCAUGUAGCCCAUGUCCCAUGCGUCCCAAGCCACGGUGGACACGGAGGCUACGGACACGGAGGUCAUGGAGCUAGCCACGGAGGAGCCGCUCAUGGAGGUCAUGGAUACGCCGCUGCCCCCAGCCACCACGGAGGUCAUGGAGGAUACCGUGCCCAGGCCGAUCAGUUCGAAGGUGAUGAUGAGUAA